AUGGGAUUAUACCACAUGUUAACUGAAGUUUAUUCACAACUGCAAAAUAGAUCAUCCAAACAUUUUAUCACCACUCUCAAAAAGAAAAUCCUACGACACUUAGGAAACGAGGUUUCUGAAUCCGAGGGCGAGUCAUCUCAGAAAAGAUUUCAGUUAGCAAAAUCACUGAUUUUUGGAAAUCAAACGAUGGCUUUUGGAAACAUUAAUAAUAUCUCGUAUAUCCAAAAGAGUUUGCUAUUUUUUCAUACAACUCACAAACAUAUAGGAGUGAUUAUUGAUGGUGACUGUGACGAAAAUAUGACAAAGCAUUUUUUAGCAGAGUGUGGGAAAAACUAUUACUUCCAUGUGAAAUAUCAUUGGUUAAUUAUGACCACGAAUUUGCUGUUUACGCAAUAUUUCGAAAAUGUAGAAUUAUACCUUAAUUCCGAUAUUAAUAUAUUAUAUAAAUCAUUUGAAAAUGGUCUAAAUAUUUACAAAUUAGAAGACACAUAUAAUCCAGCAUCUAUGAAGGGAGGACAAUUAAAACGGAGAAAUAUGGGAUUUUAUACUAACACAGUGGACGGAUUCAAAAAAGAUCAAGAAUCUAAAUAUUGGUUAAGGAGAAAUUUAACUGGAAUAACACUAAAAUCUAUGUUAGUGGCGCCGUUUAAUUUUGAAGGGCCGCUGGAAGAAUAUUUUCAAAAUAAAAGUGUAAAUGUCUUGGAUCUCAAUUUAAAAAAUUACAACAAGUUUCAGUAUCAAAUUGUAGGAUAUUGUGCAGAUUAUUACAAUUAUACGAAUAAAGUUAUUUUGGUAAAAACUUGGGGAUACCAAAGACCAGAUGGUACUUUUGAUGGAAUGGUAGGCGCAUUAUCAACUAGAGAAAUCGAUUACGGAUCUCCACUAAUACUACGUGCUGAUCGAGCUAGAUUUGUACAGUAUGGAGGACUAACUUUUAUGUUAAGCCUCACAUCUUAG